UUUCACUUUUCACCGAUUUGAAGUUAUGGCUUCAAUCAGUGACAUUCCAGAUGAACUGUUGUUGAAUACACUUUCUUCGCUUCCAAGUAAAGAAGUGGUAGCCACGAGUGUCUUGUCAAAACGUUGGCGAUCUCUUUGGACGGAGGUGAAAACAUUCAGGUAUGAUGGUGAAUCCAUAGGUAGAACUUACUGGAAGUUUUUGCUAUUUAUUAGUAAAAGAUCAAGCGUUGAGACCAUGCAGCUCAAGCUGAAUCCUCAUUGUACACAUAGAGACAUCAAACCUUUGAUUAACAUUGCAGUUGCUCGAUCCUUGAGAGAGCUGAGAAUUGAGAUGAUUUGUGAGUCCUUCGAGUUGCCCAAAAGCUUUUACAUGUUUUCACAACUUGAAACUGUUAUACUCGAGAAAGUAAGUUUGAAGGAUGUUCCACGUAAUGCUCAUUUGCCUUGCCUCAAACGUCUCCACUUUUUAUCGGUCAAGUUCACGGGGGACGAAUCUGUGAAAAAACUUCUAAGCAUAUGCCCCAUUCUUGAAGAGUUGGUAGUGAAACGAAACUCCCUUACCAAUGUAAUGAUAUUUACUAUCGAUGUGCCUUUGCUGAGAAAUCGCGGCCUGAAGGUGUUCAUGGAUUUGUGAUAAAUGCCCCUUCUUUGAGAU